AUGUUUUCUACGUUGUCUCGGCACCUUGCAGCUGCUGCCGCAUCAGCGGCGUCCUCAGGGGCAUCAGCCCAAGCCGUCAUGACGGUGACUCCUGCUGCAGCAUCAAGGAUCAAAGACCUUAUGAAUAAGAAGCGUGAUGAUUCGAUUAUAGGCCUCCGAGUAGGAGUCGGCAAGAAGGGAUGUGAGAACAUGAGCUAUACCAUGAACUACGCCAGAGAUAUCGGCAAGCUCGAUGAAGUAGUCGAGACUGAAGGAGUUAAGGUCGUAGUGGAUCCCAAUGCCCUCAUGUAUCUCAUCGGUACACAAAUGGACUACGUCGACAACGACUUGGCCUCAGAAUUUGUGUUCACUAAUCCCAACCAGAAGUCGUCCUGUGGGUGCGGUAAAAGCUUUAGUGUUUAG